AUGGUGACUGAUGUGUUGGUGACUGAAGUAAUGGUGACUGAUGUGUUGGUGACUGAAGUAAUGGUGACUGAUGUGUUGGUGACUGAAGUAAUGGUGACUGAUGUGUUGGUGACUGAAGUAAUGGUGACUGAUGUGUUGGUGACUGAAGUAAUGGUGACUGAUGUGUUGGUGACUAAAGUAACGGUGACUGAUGUGUUGUUGACUAAAGUAAGGGUGACUGAAGUAAUGGUGACUGAUGUGUUGGUGACUAAAGUAACGGUGACUGAUGUGUUGUUGACUAAAGUAAGGGUGACUAAAGUAAUGGUGACUUAUGUGUUUGUGACUAAAGUAACGGUGGCUGAAGUAACUGUGACCGAUUUGUUGGUGACUGAAGUAACAGUGACUGAUGUGUUGGUGACUAAAGUAAGGGUGACUAAAGUAAUGGUGACUGAUGUGUAG